AUGAAGUCACCUGGGGUAGCCCAGAACUCUGACUUCACCGACGCCAUAACGGAGCUGGAGGACGCGUUCUCCCGUCAGGUCAAGUCUCUGGCCGAGUCUAUAGACGAUGCUCUGAACAGUAGGAGUCUUCACAGGGAGGAGGGGGAGGCAGGAGAGAUGGGGCAAGGGGGGAAAGGACACCCCGACUUGGACAAAGACAGAGACAGAGAGCUGUUCUCCUACCAGGUCAAACCCUCCUCACACAGCAGUGCGGAACGCCGCAAACUGGACGAGAUGACAGCAUCAUACAGCGAUGUGAUUCUCUACAUUGAUGAGGAAGAGCUGUCCCUUCCUCUUCCUCUGUCUCAGUCCCUGGACCGUCCCUACUCUCCUCUCCCACUUUCUCAGUCCCUAGAGCGUCCCGACUCCCCCCUCCCCUUAGUAGACCGGCCCUCCUCCACAGAGUCGGAGCUGCGUUUGCGUUCUCUCUCCUGGUCUCUGGUCCAUAAGGAUGAUAAAGGUCAGGGGUCAGACACCUCCUGCCGCAGCACCCCCUCCCUGGAGCAGCAGGAGCAGAGGCUGAGGGUCGACCACCUCCCGCUGUUGACCAUCGAGCCACCCAGCGACAGCUCCGUGGAGCUCAGUGACCGUUGCGACCGCUCCUCUCUGAAGAGACAGAACGCCUACGAUCGCCAGCCCAGUAGUCAGACAGCCAGCCCCAAACAUCCCCCUCCUCACCCCUCCUCUCACCCCCCCACCUUGUCUCACCACCCAUCUCACCCCCACGGCCUGCCCCCCCAGGGACCCUCCUGGGAUGAGGACACCCCCCGCCGUCGGCCACGCCCGCUAGAGGCCCACCUGGCGAUCAACGGGAUGGCUAACCGGCAGAGCAAGUCAGAGUCAGACUUUUCAGAUGGGGACAAUGACAGUAUCAACUCUAUGUCUAACAGUAAUGACACUAUUAACUGCAGCUCUGAGUCCUCCAGUAGAGACAGCCUGAGAGACCAGACCCUCAGUAAACAUACCUAUCACAAAAAGACACGCAACAGCUGGGACUCACCGGCCUUCAGCAAUGACAUCAUCAGGAAGAGACACUAUCGCAUUGGACUCAACCUGUUUAACAAGUAGGUUCAGGACAGAGGCACACACACACACACACACUAAGUCUGAGUUAUAUUACCUAGUACUUUUGAAGCAGUCUGAUGAUAAUCAGUGGUUGUAAUCAGAGAUCAGUGGUUGUAAUCAGUGAUCAGUGGUUGGAAUCGGAGAUCAGUGGUUGUAAUCAGAGAUCAGUGGCUGUAAUCGGAGAUCAGUGGUUGUAAUCAGAGAUCAGUGGUUGUAAUCGGAGAUCAGUGGUUGUAAUCAGAGAUCAGUGGUUGUAAUCAGAAGUCAGUGGUUGUAAUCAGAGAUCAGUGGUUGUAAUCAGAGAUCAGUGGUUGUGAUCAGUGGUUGUAAUCAGAGAUCAGUGGUUAUAAUCAGCAUCCAAUCGAAAUGUCUUUUGGAGAUUAUUCCAAACAUAGGGUGCAAGGAAAUUAAAGGCCGAUUUACCAACACCAAUACCGACACCAAAGGAGUCUCCAAAGUUAACCAACCCGGUGAACGGGUAAUCUUAACAGUGAUGUUAGGUAAGUCGGAAGCUUAUGGAGCAGGGCUUUGUAAACAAAAAGAGCGUAAUGAUGUGAUCUACAUGACUUUAAAGAGGACCAGCCAACCUUUUGGUAAAGAAUGCGUCAUAAAACUGUCUCCUGUGACAAAACGAAGGGCGCUAUGAUAAACGACACCCAAGGCUUUAAGAGUAGAGGCAGCUGCACUUUGAUAAAUAGUAUCACCAUAAUCAAGAACAGGUAGAAAGGCUGACUGCACAAUCUGCUUCCUGCUGACUAGAGAGAGACAAGAUCUGUUUCUAUAAAAAAAAGGCAACUUUAAAUCUUAACUUCUUAACAAGCUCAUUCGUAUGCUUUUAAACAUUACAGUGCCUUAGGAAACUAUUCAGACCCCUUGACUUUUUCCAUAUUUUGUAACGUUACAGCCUUAUUCUAAAACAGAUUUUUAGAAAUGUUUGCUAAUUUAUAAAAAAAUAAACAACUGAAAUACACAUUGACAUAAGCAUUCAGACCCUUUGUUGAAGAACCUUUGUCAGCGAUUACAGCCUUGAGUCUUCUUGGGUAUGACGCUACAAGCUUGGCACACCUGUAUUUGAGGAGUUUCUCCCAUUCUUCUCUGCAGAUCCUCUCAAGCUUUGUCAGGUUGGAUGGGGAGCGUUGCUGCACAGCUAUUUUCAGGUCUCCAAAGAUGUUUGAUUGGGUUCAGAGAGAAUUGAAAUGGCGCCGGAGAAGAUGGCUGCCGUUUUACAGCCCUCUAACCAAUUGUACUAUUAUGUGUGUUUUUCCGCGUUAUUUGUAAUUUAUUUUGUACAUAAUGUUUCUGCCAUCGUCUCUUAUAACCAAAAAGAGCUUCUGGAUAUCAGGACAGCGAUUACUCACCUCGUAUUGGACGAAUAAUUUUUCUUCAACGAGGCGGCCGCGAAGGAUAUCCUACAGACAUCCGACAAGGCCCAAAUCCCUGUAAUUCGCAUGAGGAAGAGACAGAGAUAUUGUGGACGUAGGUCGGGGUGCCUUGUAAGGAUCCGACGGCGAGCGAGUAAACUGCCGCUCCCAUCAAUCCUAUUAGCCAAUCUUCAAUCAUUGGAAAAUAAAUUGGAUGACCUAAGAUUACGGUUAUCCUAUCAACGGGACAUUAAAAACUGUAAUAUCUUAUGUUUCACAGAGUUGUGGCUGAACGACGACAUGGAUAACAUACAGCUAGUGGGAUAUACGCUACAUCGGCAGGAUAGAACGGCUGACUCCGGUAAGACAAGGGGUGGCGGUCUGUGUAUAUUUGUAAACAACAGCUGGUGCACAAAAUCAAAUACUAAGGAAGUCUCGAGGUUUUGCUCGCCUGAGGUAGAGUAUCUUAUGAUAAGCUGUAGACCACACUAUUUACCAAGAGAGUUUUCAUCUAUAUUUUUCAUAGCUGUCUAUUUACCACCACAAACCAAUGCUGGCAUUAAGAUUGCACUGAAUGAGCUGUAUAAGGCCAUAAGUCAACAGGAAAACGCUCAUCCAGAGGCAGCGCUCCUAGUGGCCGGGGACUUUAAUGCAGGGAAACUUAAAUCCGUUCUACCUAAUUUCUACCAGCAUGUUAAAUGUGCAAGUAGAGGAAAAAAAACUCUAGACCACCUUUACUCCACACACAGAGAUGCAUACAAAGCUCUCCCUCGCCCUCCAUUUGGCAAAUCUGACCAUAACUCUAUCCUCCUGAUUCCUGCUUAUAAGCAAAAACUAAAGCAGGAAGCACCAGUGACUCGGUUAAUAAAAAAGUGGUCAGAUGACGCAGAUGCUAAGCUACAGGACUGUUUUGCUAGCACAGACUGGAACAUGUUCCGGGAUUCUUCAGAUAGCAUUGAGGAGUACACCACAUCAGUCACUGGCUUCAUCAAUAAGUGCAUCGAUGAUGUCGUUCCCACAGUGACCGUACGUACAUACCCCAACCAGAAGCCAUGGAUUACCUGAAACAUCCUCACUGAGCUAAAGGGUAGAGCUGCCGCUUUCAAGGAGCGGGACUCUAACCCGGACGCUUAUAAGAAAUCCCGCUAUGCCCUCCGACGAACCAUCAAAGAGUCAAUACAGGACUAAGAUUGAAUCGUACUACACCGGCUCUGACGCUCGUCGGAUGUGGCAGGGCUUGAAAACUAUUACAGACUACAAAGGGAAGCACAGCCGCAAGCUGCCCAGUGACACAAGACUUCCAGACGAGCUAAACCACUUCUAUGCUCGCUUCGAGGCAAGCAACACUGAAGCAUGCAUGAGAGCACCAGCUGUUCCGGAUGACUAUGUGAUCACGCUCUCCGUAGCCGAUGUGAGUAAGACUUUUAAGCAGGUCAACAUUCACAAGGCCGCAGGGCCAGACGGAUUACCAGGACGUGUACUCCGAGCAUGUGCUGACCAACUGGCAAGUGUCUUCACUGACAUUUUCAACAUGUCACUGACCGAGUCUGUAAUACCAACAUGUUUCAAGCAGACCACCAUAGUCCCUGUGCCCAAGGACACUAAGAUAACCUGCCUAAAUGACUACUGACCCGUAGCACUGACGUCUGUAGGUAUGAAGUGCUUUGAAAGGCUGGUCAUGACUCACAUCAACACCAUUAUCCCAGAAACCCUAGACCCCACUCCAAUUUGCAUACCGCCCCAACAGAUCCACAGAUGAUGCAAUCUCUAUUGCACUCCACACUGCCCUUUCCCACCUGGACAAGAGGAACACCUACGUGAGAAUGCAAUUCAUUGACUACAGCUCAGCAUUCAACACCAUAGUGCCCUCAAAGCUCAUCACUAAGCUAAGGAUCCUGGGACUAAACACCUCCCUCUGCAACUGGAUCCUGGACUUCCUGACGGGCCGCCCCCAGGUGGUAAGGGUAGGUAACAACACAUCUGCCACACUGAUCCUCAACACGGGGGCCCCUCAGGGGUGCGUGCUCAGUCCCCUCCUGUACUCCCUGUUCACCCAUGACUGCAUAGCCAGGCAUGACUCCAACACCAUCAUCAAGUUUGCCGACGACACAACAGUGGUAGGCCUGAUCACCGACAACGAUGAGACAGCCUAUAGGGAGGAUGUCAGAGACCUGGCCAUGUAGUGCCAGGAUAACAACCUCUCCCUCAACGUGACCAAGACAAAGGAGAUGAUUGUGGACUACAGGAAAAAAAAGAGGACUGAGCACGCCCCCAUUCUCAUCGACGGGGCUGUAGUGGAACAGGUUGAGAGCUUCAAGUUCCUUGGUGUCCACAUCACCAAUGAACUAUCAUGGUCCAAACACACCAAGACAGUCGUGAAGAGGGCACGACAAAGCCUAUUCCCCCUCAGGAGACUGAAACGAUUCGGCAUGGGUCCUCAGAUCCUCAAAAAAUUAUACAGCUGCUCCAUCGAGAGCAUUCUGACUGGUUGCAUCACCGCCUGGAAUGGCAACUGCUUGGCCUCCGACCGCAAGGCACUACAUAGGGUAGUGCGUACGGCCCAGUACAUCACUGGGGCAAAGCUUCCUGCCAUCCAGGACCUCUAUACCAGGCGGUGUCAGAGGAAGGCCCUCAAAAUUGUCAAAGACUCCAGCCACCCUAGUCAUAGACUGUUCUGUCUGCUACCGCACGGCAAGCGGUAACGGAGUGCCAAGUCUAGGUCCAAAAGACUUCUCAACAGCUUCUACCCCCAAGCCAUAAGACUCCUGAACAGCUAAUCAUGGCUACCCUGACUAUUUGCACUGCCCCCCACCCCAUCUUUUUACGCUGCUGCUACUCUGUUAAUUAUUUAUGCAUAGUCACUUUAACUCUACCCACAUGUACAUAUUACUUCAACUACCUCUACUAGCCGGUGCCCCCGCACAUUGACUCUUCACCGGUACCCCCCUGUAUAUAUAGCCUCCCUACUGUUAUUUUAUUUUACUUCUGCUCUUUUUUUCUCAACACUUUUUUUGUUGUUGUUUUAUUUUACUUUUUUAAAUUAAAAAUAAAUGCACUGUUGGUUAAGGGCUGUAAGUAAGCAUUUCACUGUAAUGUCUGCACCUGUUGUAUUUGGCGCAUGUGGCCAAUAAAAUUUGAUUUGAUUUGAAGUUUGGGCUCUGGCUGGGCCACUCAAGGACAUUCAGAGACUUGUCCUGAAGCCACUCCUGCAUUGUCUUGGCUGUGUGCUUUGUGUCAUUGUCCUGUUAGAAGGUGAACCUUCACCCCAGUCUGAGGUCCUGAGCGCUCUGGAGCAGGUUUUCAUCAAGGAUCUCUAUGUACUUUGCUCCGUUCAUCUUUCCCUCGAUCCUGACUAGUCUCCCAGUCCCUGCCGCUGAAAAAUAUCCCCACAGCAUGAUGCUGCCACCACCAUGCUUCACCAUAGGGAUGGUGCCAGGUUUCCUCCAGACGUGACGCUUGGCAUUCAGGCCAAAGAGUCCAAUCUUUGUUUCAUCAGACCAGAGAUUCUUCUUUCUCAUAGUCUGAGAGUCUUUAGGUGCCUUUUGGCAAACUCCAAGCGGGCUGUCAUGUGCCUUUUACUGAGGAGUGCUUCCGUCUGGCCACUCUACCAUAAAGGCCUGAUUGGUGGAGUGCUGCAGAGAUGGUCUUUCUGGAAGGUUCUCCCAUCUCCACAGAGGAACUCUAGAGCUCUGUUAGAGUGACCAUCGGGUUCUUGGUCACCUCCCUGACCAUGGCCCUUCUCCCCAGAUUGCUCAGUUUGGCUGGCCGGCCAGCUCUAGGAAGAGUAUUGGUGGAUCCAAACAUCUUCCAUUUAAGAAUGAUGGAGGCCACUGUGUUUUUGGGGACCUUCAAUGCUGCAGAAAUGUUUGGUACCCUUCCCCAGAUCUGUGCCUCGACACAAUCCUGUCUCGGAGCUCUACGGACAAUUCCUUCGACCUCAUGGCUUGGUUUUUGCUCUGACAUGCACUGUCAACUGUGUGACCUUACAUAGACAGGUGUGUGCCUUUCCAAAUCAUGUCCAAUCAAUUGAACUUACGACAGGUGUACUCCAAUCAAGUUGUAGAAACAUCUCAAGGAUGAUGAAUGGAAACAGGAUUCACCUGAGCUCAAGUUCGAGUCUCAUAGCAAAGGGGCUUAAUACUUCCAGUAUGUAAAUACGGUAUUUCUGUUUUCUAUUUUUAAUACAUUUGCAAACCUGUUUUCACUUUCUCAUUAUGGGGUAUUGUGUGUAGAUUGCUGAGGAUGUUUUAAAAUUUGAAUCCAUUUUAGAAUAAGGUUGUAACGUAACAAAAUGUGGAAAAAGUCAAGGGGUCUGAAUAUUUUCUGAAGGCACUGUAAAUCAUUGUCAGUCUAAAUACCAUGGUAUUUGUAUGCAGGGACUUGUUUGAUUAUAGAACCAUCUGAUGAGUGAAGAUGUGAUCUGAGAAUCUUACGAGAACUUGAAAACAACGUGUAUUUAGUUUUGCCCAUAUUAAGUACCAGUUUUAAAUCAUUAAGGGCUUCCUGAACAGCUUCAAAAUGGGACUGUAGCCUUGUCACAGCCAGGUCAGCAGUCGGGGCAAUUGCUUACAUAAUAGUAUAAUCUGCAUAUAGAUGAAAUUUACCAUUUUUAACAGAUUGACCAAUAGCAUUUAUAUAAAUAGUGAACAAAACAGAUCCCAAAAUCAACCCCUGUGGUACACCUUCAUGUACUUUAAGAAAUUCUGACUUAACCCCAUCAAUCACGAUGGCCUGAGUUCUGUCACUAAGAUAAUCAUGAAACUAUGAGCAGGCGUCAGAUCUCAGGUCUAUCGAGGACAACUUAUUCAAUAAAAUAGCAUGAUCAACUGUAUCUGUGUGAUUGUGUUUAUCUUUGAUGAUUGUUGAUCUGCUUUGAUUUUCUUUGUGGACCAUUACAUUCCUUUUAAUCAGCAGUGCUCCCCAGCCACCUCUCUUCUACCUCCUCUCAGGAAGCCCCCUAUAGACCAGUAGGAGCCGUUCCUUUUAAUCUCAGGAAGCCCCCUAUAGACCAGUAGGAGCCGUUCCUUUUAAUCUCAGGAAGCCCCCUGUAGACCAGUAGGAGCCGUUCCUUUUAAUCUCAGGAAGCCCCCUGUAGACCAGUAGGAGCCGUUCCUUUUAAUCUCAGGAAGCCCCCUAUAGACCAGUAGGAGCCGUUCCUUUUAAUCUCAGGAAGCCCCCUGUAGACCAGUAGGAGCCGUUCCUUUUAAUCUCAGGAAGCCCCCUGUAGACCAGUAGGAGCCGUUCUUUUUAAUCUCAGGAAGCCCCCUAUAGACCAGUAGGAGCCGUUCCUUUUAAUCUCAGGAAGCCCCCUGUAGACCAGUAGGAGCCGUUCCUUUUAAUCUCAGGAAGCCCCCUGUAGACCAGUAGGAGCCGUUCCUUUUAAUCUCAGGAAGCCCCCUGUAGACCAGUAGGAGCCGUUCCUUUUAAUCUCAGGAAGCCCCCUAUAGACCAGUAGGAGCCGUUCCUUUUAAUCUCAGGAAGCCCCCUAUAGACCAGUAGGAGCCGUUCCUUUUAAUCUCAGGAAGCCCCCUAUAGACCAGUAGGAGCCGUUCCUUUUAAUCUCAGGAAGCCCCCUAUAGACCAGUAGGAGCCGUUCCUUUUAAUCUCAGGAAGCCCCCUGUAGACCAGUAGGAGCCGUUCCUUUUAAUCUCAGGAAGCCCCCUGUAGACCAGUAGGAGCCGUUCCUUUUAAUCUCAGGAAGCCCCCUAUAGACCAGUAGGAGCCGUUCCUUUUAAUCUCAGGAAGCCCCCUGUAGACCAGUAGGAGCCGUUCCUUUUAAUCUCAGGAAGCCCCCUGUAGACCAGUAGGAGCCAGGCCGACCCAUACCACCCCCUACACCCUCACCCAAUCCGCAGCAUCCCACCCUCAUCCAAUCCCCAGCAUCCCACCCUCACCCAAUCCCCAGCAUCCCACCCUCACCAAAACCCCAGCAUCCCACCCUCACCCAAUCCCCAGCAUCCCACCCUCAUCCAAUCCGCAGCAUCCCACCCUCAUCCAAUCCCCAGCAUCCCACCCUCACCCAAUCCCCAGCAUCCCACCCUCACCCAAUCCCCAGCAUCCCACCCUCAUCCAAUCCGCAGCAUCCCACCCUCAUCCAAUCCCCAGCAUCCCACCCUCACCCAAUCCCCAGCAUCCCACCCUCACCCAAUCCCCAGCAGCCCACCCUCACCCCAAAUCAUGCUUCUUCUCUGACACAUAUUCAGACUCAGAAAAUUCACGGAUUAGGAUAACGCUCUCUCUCUUCCUCCCUCUCUCCUCCCCUUAAUCUCUAUUUCUCUCUCUCUCCCCCCUCGUCCCCCCUACAGGAAGCCAGAGAAGGGGUGUCAGUACCUGAUUGAUCGAGGGUUUGUCCCAGACACUCCAGUGGGCGUGGCUCACUUCCUGCUCAAGAGGAAGGGCCUGAGCAGGCAAAUGAUUGGAGAGUUCCUGGGGAACAGGCAGAAAAAAUUCAACAGAGAUGUCCUGGAGUGAGUCAGCUAUCUGUCUGUCUCUGUAUCAGCAAGAUCAGCUAAAUCACCUGUCUCAGCAAGAUCAGCUCUAGAAAACUCACAGCGGCAAACCAACAUACCUUUUCCAACAAAUCCUUCAUCGUAAACACCAUGUUGAUGCUUCCCUUUAGAUUGAUCUAACUCCCUCAGCUUCUGUCUUCUAAUUCUCCAUUCAGCUCCUCAUCUGUUCACAGAAACAGCUGGUCAUUUCCAUAUUUACAGUAGUCUCUGAAGACCACACAUAUAAAUGAUGAAUCUUCAUCAGUCUAUAAUGCAAUAUGCAUGAAACUGUUGUAGUUUGGGUGGUUGGGGUUAUUUCUUGACACUCAUCAAUUAUAAUGAUUCCUUUAAAUGUGUUGUUUUCUGUUGCUUCAGCACUUGAUAAUAAGUCAGUCUACCAGAGAAUAUCUACUAUGACAACAGUAUCUGAGGCAGCAGUUUGAAUAUACACUGAGUGUACAAAACAUUAGUCACACCUUCCUAAUAUUGAGUUGCACCCCCUUUUGCCCUGAGAACAGCCUCAAUUCGUCAGGGCAUGGACUCUACAAGGUGUUGAAAGCAUUCCACAGGGAUGCUGGCCCGUGUUGACUCCAAUGCUUCCCACAGUUGUGUCAAGUUGGCUGGAUGUCCUUUGGGUGGUGGACCAUUCUUGAUACACACGAGAAACUGUUGAGUGUGAAAACAACAGCAGCGUUGCAGUUCUUGACAAAAACCGGUGUGCCUGGCACCUACUACCAUGCCCCGUUCAAAGGCACUUAAAUAUUUUGUCUUGCCCUAUACUGUACGGUACCCACACAGCUAAAACAGAGAAUCCCAGAGCUCAGACAGUCUUACAAUCAGUAGUACAUGUGUCUCUAUGUUCAUACCAAUGUUCUCUUCUCCAGUUGAAUAUAUAUUAUGUUCUGUAUAUCUCUAUGUUCAUGCCAAUGUUCUCUUCUCCAGUUGUGUGGUGGAUGACAUGGAUUUCUCGGCCAUGGAACUAGACGAGGCUCUCAGGAAGUUCCAAGCUCAAAUCAGAGUCCAGGGAGAGGCCCAAAAGGUGGAAAGACUCAUAGAAGCUUAC